ACGGACCUGAGGACUGUAGAGGCUGAAAGUAUAACCCACCCCAGUAGACACUACAAUAAGUUGUGUGAGGACCAGACCACAUGGUAAACUGUCUCGUGAGGUGGUCAAGAGUCCUCCGACUUAUUAGGACUUUUCCUCGUUAUUGUCACAUUUGUUUCAAAAUUUCCUCCAACGUCCCAAUGCCGCACCUUGACGUCGUAUCGGACUUAGAGCGCUUGGCUGUGGACCGGGUCGUCCCGGCGUUGCUGGAGCAAGGUCUCUGCUGCGUGGACGGUCUUCUCGGGGAGCGGGCUGGGGACGCCGUGCUGGACCAGGUCAAGGACAUACACUGUGCUGGGGCCAUGGAAGACGGCCGACUGGCGGGCUCCGGACCCGGCAUCUCGCCCGGAAGCGUUCGAGGGGACAAGAUUACUUGGGUCAGCGGGACCGAGCGACACUGUAACGCCAUCAACACCCUCCUCAAGAGACUCGAUCAUGUGAUCUUGGUGUGCUCACGCAGCCUCGGAGGAAGAUUAAUAAGAGAGAGAUCCAAGGCAAUGGUGGCAUGUUACCCGGGUAACGGUGCCGGCUACAUCAAGCACGUGGACAACCCAAACAGUGAUGGACGUUGCAUCACCUGCAUUUAUUACCUCAACAAGAACUGGAACACGAAGGAACACGGUGGCGUGCUUCGCAUUUUUCCAGAAGGGAAGUCGUGCACGGUGGACAUCGAGCCGCAGUUUGACCGCUUGCUGUUGUUCUGGUCCGACCGCAGGAACCCUCACGAGGUGCAGCCCUCAUACGCCACCAGGUAUGCCAUCACUGUUUGGUACUUCGACUCUGACGAGCGAGCUGAGGCCAGGAGACGCUUCACUCGCAUGACUGGCUCUGAUGGGAGCAGCUGACUGGAGGAAACGCCGUCAUCUGGUGGUCGACUCUGAACUGCAGAAGGACUGAAAAAAAGCACAUCAGAUCAUGGCUACGUUCUUACUGACGGUCAAUUCCUAUUUUUUUUGCGCAAAUGUGACCUGAAUCUGAUUUGUUUCAUGUCAGUGUGAACAGUACAAUUCAGAUUUGUUUCAGAUGCGACUCAGGCCUCAUUGGCAUGUAGAUACUGCAAGCUACUGCACUGUCUGAACGGUGAGGUUGCAUAUGUCCGACCCAUACGCCCUUGAAAGUGUUGUCGUGCUUAGCAACUGCGACGUCUUUUCAAACUGCCAUAGCCAAAAGUAUUGCGCUCUUUCUUCUUAAUCGUAAUCAUUUGGUUAAGAAAAUGUUGACUCCCGUUGCACAAAAUCCUCGAAAUUGCCACAAAGGUGCCAAGGAGAGCACAGAUUGAGGCAAUGUUUACUUCUGUGAACACAUGGAAAAGCGUGUGACGUCGUGCUUUUGCGCAUGCGCAUUACUUUCUGGACGCUUUGCUUUCACAUUGACCAGUCGCAAGUUUUGGUAAUGUUAACGACCGCAUAAAAAGAUGAGAUUUUUACAAAAAAAAUCCGAAUACCCUGCAGUUUGAACGUAGCCUUUGACUUUGGAGACGCAGCAAAGUCCACGCUGUCGUCUGAUUGGCUGACUCCUCUUCUCAUCCAUGAAUCCCCCUUCCCCCACAGACAUACACAUUGACCUUUGACCCGUAAAGACCCAGCAUGGUCCAAGUAGGUCAAGGUGGACUACCUCACGUGUCAUGUGACUCAUCAGGCUGCAGCUGUCAGGCAGAAGGUCUACACCCAGCUGAGGUCAUGACGCCGCCCCCUACUGACAGCUGCUGAAAAGAGAAGCAUGAACGUUGGUGAAGCCGCAUGGAAGAACAAGAAGUUCAAGAAGUGUGACCUUUCAUGACGCAUGAACCAAUAAUCAACCAUUCAUAAUAACAUUCAACAAAUCAUACAACACCAUUAUUGUCUGAACUUCUUCAUGCCUCACACUUCAAUGUCAGAGAGAACUUUUAAAGAAUAAAAGUAGUUCACAAAGUUCUACAGUUUAUGACGGCAUUACAGGAAACACAGAGCCAACCUCGACUCUUGACCAAUGACAACACACAGGAGGUGUGGUCAGGGAGGAGGCUUCGGAAUCUAAGCAUUUCGGCCAAGAGAAACUAUUAACCUUGCAAUCCAACCUACCUCGGUUUUGCCAACGUCACUUGUUUGCUCGCGGCAUGUGACUUUUUUCCAUCGGAGUUGAACAGCUGUUCAUGUCCAAGCAGAAGCUGUAGUAAUUCUA